GCCGCCGGCCCGCUCGCUCCCGGACCGGCUCCUCCUCCUCUUCUCGCCAUUGCAGUUGGACUGAGCAGCCCGGCACGGGGUCCGCGUGGCUGUUUUUUGGAGGGGGUUAGACCCCGGUGGGCUUUAGCAGGAGGGCCGCGGCAGCGGCGGCGGCGGAGGCCGGGGAGAGGGGACGCCGACAAGAUAGUUGAAGUAUUGAUAACACCAAGGAAAUCUGUCACAGUUUGAAAGAUAAGCAAAGUUUGAUUUCCACACACUACAGAAAAAGAAGCAAAAAUGGCAUUGUACCAUCAUCACUUCAUCACCAGAAGAAGAAGGUUUUCACAUUUCCAGCGUCCAAUGAGAAUUUUUGUGAAUGAUGAUCGCCAUGUGAUGGCAAAGCACUCUUCAGUUUAUCCAACACAAGAGGAGCUGGAGGCCGUGCAGAACAUGGUAUCCCACACUGAACGGGCACUCAAAGCUGUGUCUGACUGGAUCGAUGAGCAGGAAAAGGGCAGUGGUGAGCUUGCUGAGUCUGAAAAUAUGGACGCACCCCCAGAUGAUGAGAGCAAAGAAGGGGCUGGGGAGCAGAAGGCAGAACAUAUGACUAGGACCCUGAGGGGUGUGAUGCGGGUCGGCCUGGUAGCCAAGGGUCUUCUGCUCAAGGGGGACUUGGAUCUGGAGCUGGUUCUGCUAUGUAAGGAGAAGCCCACGACUGCCCUCCUGGACAAGGUGGCUGACAACUUGGCCAUCCAGCUCACUACUGUAACUGAAGACAAGUAUGAAAUUCUUCAAUCUGUGGAUGAUGCUGCGAUUGUGAUAAAAAACACAAAAGAGCCCCCGUUGUCCCUGACCAUCCACCUGACGUCCCCUGUGGUCAGAGAAGAGAUGGAGAAAGUGUUAGCUGGAGAAACGCUAUCAGUCAACGAUCCCCCGGACGUUCUGGACAGGCAGAAAUGCCUUGCUGCCUUGGCGUCCCUCCGUCACGCCAAGUGGUUCCAGGCCAGAGCCAAUGGGCUGAAGUCGUGUGUCAUUGUCAUCCGUGUCUUGAGGGACUUGUGUACCCGCGUGCCCACCUGGGGUCCCCUCAGAGGAUGGCCCCUGGAACUGCUGUGUGAGAAGUCCAUUGGCACAGCCAACAGGCCAAUGGGUGCUGGCGAGGCCCUGCGAAGAGUGUUGGAGUGCCUGGCGUCCGGCAUCGUGAUGCCAGAUGGUUCUGGCAUUUAUGACCCUUGUGAAAAAGAAGCCACUGAUGCUAUUGGGCAUCUAGACAGACAGCAACGGGAAGAUAUCACACAGAGUGCGCAGCAUGCCCUGCGGCUCGCUGCCUUUGGUCAGCUCCAUAAAGUCCUGGGAAUGGACCCCCUGCCUUCCAAGAUGCCCAAGAAACCAAAGAAUGAGAACCCCGUGGACUAUAUUGUGCAAAUCCCUCCCAGCACUACCUACGCCAUUACUCCUAUGAAGCGGCCCAUGGAGGAGGAUUGUGAGGAGAAGUCUCCCAGCAAAAAGAAGAAAAAGAUUCAGAAGAAAGAGGAGAAGGCAGAACCUCCCCAAGCCAUGAAUGCCCUGAUGAGGCUGAACCAGCUGAAGCCAGGGCUGCAGUACAAGCUGGUUUCCCAAACAGGCCCUGUCCACGCCCCUAUCUUCACCAUGUCAGUGGAGGUAGACGGCAGUUCAUUCGAGGCCUCUGGGCCAUCCAAAAAGACUGCUAAGCUGCACGUGGCCGUUAAAGUGUUACAGGACAUGGGCUUACCUACAGGCGCUGAAGGCAGGGACUCAAGCAAGGGAGAGGACUCGGCUGAGGAGUCAGAGACAAAGCCUGCAGUAGUGGUCGCACCUCCUGUGGUGGAAGCUCUUUCCACUCCCAGUGCAGCCUUCUCAGAUGCCACUACUGAGCAGGGACCGAUUUUGACUAAACAUGGCAAAAACCCAGUUAUGGAGCUUAACGAGAAGAGGCGUGGGCUCAAGUACGAGCUCAUCUCUGAGACUGGGGGCAGCCACGACAAGCGAUUCGUCAUGGAGGUUGAGGUGGAUGGACAGAAGUUUCAGGGUGCUGGGUCAAACAAAAAGGUGGCAAAGGCUUAUGCUGCUCUUGCUGCACUGGAAAAGCUUUUUCCUGAUGCCCCCCUUACUCUUGAAGCCAACAAAAAGAAGAGAACCCCUGUACCUGUCAGAGGCGGACCCAAAUUUGCUGCCAAGCCACACAACCCCAGCUUUGGUAUGGGUGGCCCCAUGCAUAAUGAAGUGCCCCCACCUCCCAACAUCCGUGGGCGAGGUAGAGGAGGCAACAUCCGGGGGCGUGGUCGGGGACGAGGAUUUGGUGGAGCCAACCAUGGAGGCUACAUGAAUACAGGCACUGGGUAUGGAAGCUAUGGGUACGGAAGCAACUCAGCGACUGCAGGCUACAGUGACUUUUUCACAGACUGCUACGGCUAUCAUGAUUUUGGGUCUUCCUAGAGCGUCUAAAAGUAUUGCACACAAAAUCAACUUUUCACUCCAAUUUCCUCCAACUCCAAAACCCAAAGUGUCCGUGCUGUGUCCCUGUGCUUCACUGGGUUUCUCAACCGUGCCUUUCCACCGCAGCUUGUCUGAAACUCUUAGCCUGCAGAUUUAAGACAAUGGCAGUUUUUACGUGAAUUUGCCUUUGAACUUGGUCAUUUUGAAGUUCACAAUAAGUGGAAAAUACUUUCUCAGAGAAUGUAUUUUGUGCAGCCUUGCACAGAAUUCUAGAGCCAGCGUUGUUCAGCAUCAAGGCAAAAGCCCACCUUUGCUUUUUAUGGAAAGCAUUUCUUUAUUUAAAGAGACAGAUAAUGACACAUUUUAAUCUACCUUUGUCUUAAUUUACAGCAGGUUUUGUAUGAAUUUUUAACCUUUUAACAAAUUUCCAAGUCUGGUUGAUGCCUUUGACAGUGAUAAACUAUUUCACCAUGUCUGAAUCCAGAGCAACUGGCUUUUUUUUCUCUCUCUCUCUCUUUUGAACGAGCAUGUAAAACUCGAGGAACAUGGGCAAUUGUACACUCUACUAAGCGAAGUCCUCGCACCUUUUGUAAAUGCUCUGGUGGGUUCUUGUUUGGGCUGUGCUAUCUUGUGGCUGGUUUAGCUAGAGAGUGAACUCUCAAAGGUAUCAAAAGUAUGCUUCCAUCACUACCUGUGCAAGAAAUAGACAGGCCUUUAAGGGGAGAAAAAUGUGAAAUUUUGCAAGUCCUGAUCACAGUUGCAAAUGCAAGGGAUUCUUUUUUUUUUUUUUUUGGUUGGUGUUUGUUGAUGUUGUUGUUCGUUUGUUUGUUUUAAACAUUGGGGCUAUUAAAAUGAACAGAAAGAACCUAGCACAUUCCCAGAUUUUCCAGUGGAAAACUGAUUUUGCCUUCACCAGGUCUGUCCUGCUGGGCAUGCAGCCACAGACUGUCGAGCCCAGAGUGGUCCCUGUGUGCAAAGAUAUGAGGCACUUUGGACUCUACACAGAGACCGGUUUCCAGUCACAGUCUUCUUGGUACUGUGAUUUCCACCUUUGCCAGGCAGUUCUUUCUGCUGCAAAUCCCACCUCCCUUGACUUGCAAGAUUUUGCGUUGAUUCAGGCAAAAGCUAGUCAAAAAGGUUAUUGUAUCAUUUGUUCCCCGAAGUUUGAAACAUUCAGUGAAACUUAACACUUUGAUUGCAUGAUGUAUUUUUUUUAGGAAGUUAUUGUUUGCAAAUAAUGUCUUUUUAUACCAGGACAUAGUUACCCUGAAUGACGUUGAAAUUUUCCCCUCCCUUUAUUUUAUUAUUAUUUUUUUUAAAUGAAUACAUGUGAAAGUAAUAAGC